AUGUUUGAAAAAAGAGAUAAUUUAUGUUCUCUUACAUAUACUUGUAUGAUAACAGUCUGUUAUUUGGGAGUUAUAGGAUUAUGCCGAACAGUGUUAUUCUCAAAUAUUCUAAAGAUAGAUGACAAAGUAAUAAACUCAGUUUCAUUGGGCAUAUUCAGUCUAGUCUUUUUGCUAGGCCCUUUUUCAUUGCCAUUCUUUUAAAAGAUGAUUAUGAAAUUCACCUAUAAGUAUUUAAUAAUAUUUGAUUCAGAGCAGUAUUUUUUAUAACCAGUGUAGCCAAUAUCUUUAGCAUGACUUUGUACAUUGUUGUAAUUGAAUAACAACCAAAAGAUGUUUAUUUAAUUGCAACAAUCUUAAUAUUUGAAGCAAUAUCAGCUCCAUUUAUGGCUAUAUUUUAUUGCACAUUUAAUUAUUAUAUUCGUAGUUUGUCUAAUAAGAAUAAUGUUGGUAUUUAUUUUGGAGUUGCUUAUUCAUUAUUUUGUAUGUAAAAUCUUAUAGGAGAUAUUUAUGUGAUAUUUGAAGAAAAAAUAUAUGAAUAUAAUCAAUACUUCUAUUAUCCAAUGUUAGGUGUAUCACUUAUCAUAACUAUUUUAUAUUGGUUUAUCAAAGAACCAGACUCAUUGUCAAAAUCAGUUACCAAAUAAAGUAUUGAUUUAUAAUAGAAAUUAAAUGACCAUUUAUAUGGUUCAUAUAUGAAUGAUGAUAAUACUAAGAUUAAUACAAAUAAUAAUGAAUAUAUCAAUCAAUUUAAACUAAUUUGGAAAAUACCAAAAUUGUACCCAUAAUUUGUAUAUCUAAUUCCUACAAUCAUAUCAAUUGGAAUGUUUACUGCCUUUAGUGUUGUUUAUUCAUAAGAUAUGAUUGAACCUAAUUAUACAAAUGUCAAUUAUUUGAAAUAAGACAUAGUUGCCAAUCUAAGUAUUCAUGGAAUUGGUUAAUUUUUGGGAGGAAUUCUUAUAGGAUUACUUUCAUAUUCUUAUGGAUACUUGAAUUUGUUAAUGGUUUUAUAAGUUUUUGGAGCUGUAACCUAUAUAUUCUCAGUAAAUUGAUUGUAUUAAUUAAGGAUUGUUGGUGA